UGAGACCGGUGGUUGCCGGGAGAGGGCCGGACUGAAACCUGGAUAAGGCAGCGGGCUGUGUGUGUGUGUAUCGCUAGGUGUUGUUAUUACACACUUCCUGUGGUAUAUUUAUGACCGCGGCGGCGAUUUCCGGUAGCCGAUACGAGCCACUUUUCUGUCGGUGCAGCGACUAUCCUCCUCCUCCUCCUCUUUCUCUUUUUCCUUCCCUUCCUCCUCCUCCCCUCCCGCCUCCCCCCUCUAUUCCAGCGGCCGCCGCGGCUGCCUCCUCCGUGCCCCGGAGCCGCCCCAGCGCAGGAGCCAGAGCCAGCGGCAGAGGCUGCAGCUCCGGAGCCCGGGCUGGGGCGGCGGGGCCGGCCACUGGCUCCCAGCGGAGGCGGAGGGGGAAGGAGGCAGUUCCCGGACCCCUUCCUCCCUCUCCCCUCUCUUCUGCCCGCGGGGCUCAGCCCCGAAGGGGCUCUCCUCCCCGUCUCCCUCUCCCGCGCGCACGCCCGCAGACCUAGCCCCCUCCCCGUCCCUCCGCGCCCGCCUGGCUGCCCCCGGGCGUUCCCCAGCGCCCGCGCUCCGGCCCGCGCUCCGCGUCCCGCAUUCCUAUGGACAAACACCUGCAGGAGGGUUGCCUGUCCUGGUUAUCCAGUCCUAGGUUAUGGAGCCAGAGUAAAUCGUGUAACCCACCAUAUGCUCUUUGGCUUAUUAAGAAAAGAGUAACUUGGUGAGACCCACUACAACUGCUGUUCCAGGAGAGAAGCUGUUGAUCCUGUAACAUGGAGGAUUGCCUUCAUACCUCAUCAGAAAAUCUUUCAAAACUGGUCAGCUGGGCCCAUAGUCAUGGGACCAUUUGUAGCCUCAUUCCAAAUCUGAAACAUUUGCUUUCUGAAGGUUCCCAUGGCAACCUGACAGCAAUGUGGGGCUGCAGUGCUGGCCAUGCCUAUCAUUGGCCCCUGACUGCCACUUGUAGAGCUGGAUCCCAGGAAAGGGUCUGUUUCCAGGACAACAGGAGUUUCAAUUCUGAUAGUCCCAGUAUCAUUGGUGUACCUUCCGAGACACAGACCAGUCCUGUAGAAAGAUACCCUGGGAGGCCAGUGAAAACUAAGCUGGAUUGUAACAGAACUAGAGACUCUUGUGAUUUCUCUUACUGUAGUGAGCCAUCAGAAUUGGAUGAAGUUGUGGAAGAAUAUGAAGAUGAAGCAACUCUUUUUGACAUGGUUUGUGAGUCUUCUGUGACAGAUGAGGACAGUGACUUUGAACACCAGACCCAAAGAUCUCAAAACAUUACUCGGAAAAGACCUGGAAUUUGUCCAUCUUCAGUUCUUUCAAGUACCCAGUCACAGGUCAUUGAUGAAAGCAGCAGUGAUGUCAUUGUCAAGAAAAUCAAGCAAGAGAUUCCUGAAGAUUAUUAUAUUGUGGCAAAUGCUGAAUUAACAGGUGGAGUGGAUGGCCCCACACUCUCAUUAACCCAGAUGGCAAAGCCUAAAACCCAAGCUCAUGCCGGUCCCUCUUAUGUUGGACCCGCCAAACCAACUCCACAUUUGACCCCAGCACUCAGCACAGAACUGGAUCUACAAAGCGUCUCUGCCUCUCCACCCAUAAUCUCAAGACAGACAGUCCAGAAGCCCAUCAAGGUAUCCCUGGCUUCACCUAAUCGAGGACAUUCUGGUACCCAUGGGACCAGCCAACAGGUGGCAAUUCAGAUGCCUGUGAGCACAUCCAAUUCCAACAAACAGAUUAGCAUUCCUCUAUCUGCUCUGCAGAUCCCAGGACAAGAAGAACAAGUGGCUUCUGAGGAGCUACUACCACCUCUACCCAAUCAGGUCCCAUCCUGUGAAGUAGCCCUAUCACCCCCGCUUAGCACAGAGCCAGAAGUGAGCUCUAGCCAGCAGCAGCCCAUGGCCCUUCCUACCAUCACAACUGAGGCCACAGCACAAACAGUACCAGACCAGGAUGAAAAAGCAGCUGAUCUCAGCAGGGAACAGAAUGAGAAAACUAUCCGAAGUACUCAGACUGCUCUUCGGAAUUUCCCAUAUUCUACUAAGCUCAACAAAUUUCCUGUAUUUAAUUUUAAUGAUGAGUUGAAGGACUUCUGUAUCAGUGCUGUGAGUCCAAACACAACAAAAGCUACACUCUAUGCACUUAAUGUAUGGAGAUAUUGGUGUAUGACAAAAGGACUUAAGGACUACAUGGAUAUAACCAAGAUUCCUGCUGUGAAACUGAACGAGCUCCUUGAGGAUUUUUAUAUGACUGUGAAGAAAACAGAUGGCUCGGACUUUCUGGCCACAUCCCUCCAUGCUAUCCGCCGUGGCCUGGAUCGCAUCUUGAAGAAUGCUGGCGUUGGCUUCUCAAUCACCAGUAACACCUUCAGCUCCUCCACCAAGAAGCUCAAGGAGAAGCUACGGGUAUUGAGCAAAGCAGGGAUGUCAGGAGCCCGCUCCCGAAACAUUGUUUACUUUUCCCUCUCCGAUGAGGAGGAAAUGUGGAGGACUGGGUGCCUUGGGGAUGAUAGUCCCAUUGCUCUCCUGUCUACUGUGGUCAAAUAUAACAGCCAGUAUCUGAACAUGCGGACCUUGCAGGAACAUGCAGACCUGAUGUAUGGCGACAUUGAGCUGCUCAAAGACUCUCAAAACCGGCCCUUUUUUGCACGAACAGAUAGUGUGAAGCGAGAGAACCGGGUCAAUGCCACCAAAGUGUGCUACGGACAGAUCUACCAUGAACAUUCCAAGGGCCACAAACUGUGUCCCUAUUGCCUCCUCUAUAAGUACAUGUACAUUCAUCGGCCACCAACCCAGAUGGAAGCCAAGUCCCCUUUCUACCUGACAGCUCGGAAGGAGAUCAGUGGUAUGGGAAAUGUGUGGUAUGAGGAACAAAGGAUGGGACUCCGGUCUCUCAGGGGGGUUGUCCCAAAAUUGGCCAAAAAAGUCAAGCUUGAAAACUGUGAGAAUUUUACUUUUGUCUCCUUCACACAGGCAUGCAGGAAGUUUGGUUCGCUGAAUUGCUAUUAAUGAGCCUUUCCCCUUUCCACAAGCCACUGUCUUGCCAUCACUUCUGUGGCCAUGUGGUGUAAUGAACUGAGUUCUGGACAUGGACUUGGAGAGACUAAGAUUCAAAUUCCACUUCUGAAAAUUAUUACUGUGUGAUCUUGGAUAUCUCUGAACCUCAGUUUUCUCAUGUAUUGAAUGAGGGAAAUGAUAGCACCAGCCUCACAGGGUUAUUGUGAAGACCAAAUAAGAUAAUACACAUGAAGUUCUUAACCUUAAAGUGCUAUACAAAUGUCAGCCAUUAUUAUUGUUAUUAAAUAAGAAAGGUUAGAGUUGGAAGGAUAAAAGAAGGUGACAGGCAUCUACACAAGUCAAGGUCAGGACUGAUUCAAGGUAUUGAGGGAGAUGAAUAUAUCUCAAUAUCAGGCUUAAUGACAAUCAGUAUAGCCUGCUAUUCUGAUUUUUUUUUUUUUGCCUUUUUAAAUAUCAUAGCAGCUGCUGUUGAAGUGAGGAUAUCCUAUCCAAACAUAUGUAAGGGUAUAUCAUGUUAUUAAGACAAUGUAUAUUGUUUCACAUGCAAGAAUUUUAUAAUAGUGAGGGAAUCAAUUUAUAUAGUGCCUUUUUGCACAGCUUUUUCCCCCCAAAUGAAACUCGUUAAGUAAUAAUUUUUUAAAAGAAAAUCCCAGUAGCCAGUAGCUUUCUGAUGUUAUAAAGAGAGUACAUUGCUUGCAAAUUACACAUACAAGAAAGAAAUGGAAACCGAGAGAGGCAGAUGCAUUAAAUGGUUCCCAGAGAAAAAUUGUACUUGACACUCCUUUAUAUUUUGUUGAUGGAUAACCUCAUUCUGCAGAGCAAGCAGCAAUGCCUGAUAGGAGGAAGGUCCUGAGGCUCUGCUGAGCCCCAUUGGUAUGACUAUAGGACCCUGCCCCCACUGUUCUCCAUUGGAGCAGAGGCCUUCUCUCCUCUGUCAGCAGAGACACUUUUAUGACAAAAGAUUAAUGUACAAAAAGGGCUCUUCUGAGAACAAUAUUUCCUAUGGAACAUAUGAUCUUUGCUCUCAUGAAUUCUCCUCAUGAUAACAGCUUGAAGUAAGGGAUCUGUGAUCAAAGUCUGAGAGCUUGAGAAGGAGAAGUACCUAUCUUAGUAUCACAUGGAGGUUAGUUCCAUGAGACCUCAUCUCUGAGUAGUCAUUAAUGCCAGAUGUCCUAAAGAUGGCUAUUUUUCUAUGUGUGGUAAUUCACACUGGAUCCAUGUAAUUGUGAAAAGUCUUUCUCAGACUUAACCAAAAUAAAAUCCUAAACCCUGGAGAAACAAACUCCCAAGCAGUACUGAAUAAAGUUCUCCAUUUGUAAAAGUCAGGCUUGUCAAAAAAAAGAUUAUUUCAUCCUUCUAAGGUUGUACCCAUGUUUGUGAUACAGGAGUUUUGAUGUUUGUUUUCUUCUUCAAGCAUGCCAGGCGAAAACAGAGACAGAAAUUAGGAGAUUAGCAUUGUGACAGCUUAUUCUUAGCAUUUGAAUUUCUAUCCCAUGAAUAGAAAUCAAGAUGAUCACAGUCUAAUAUAAACACAUAGAGGUUUCUAACUCUUAAUUCUGGUUUGAGGCCAGCAAUUAAUUGAAUGGAAGCAUAUCGAGGUUUGGGUAAUAAUUUCUCAAAUGAUUUUUUAUAUUGGAGGUAGACCACUACAAUUUUAUGUGAUUAAAUUAUUAUACAACUCUUUGUAGCCUCAAAUACAAUUUCCAAAAGCUAUUUAC